AUGGAGACAUGGCCGAUAGAAGUCGUUAGAGCAUUCAAUAGAUCGAAGUUUAGUCGUGAUGAAACAAAACAUUAUGAAUUGGUCGUCUAUAAGCCCAUACCAUCGAUUCUGCAAGAAGGUCCACAAUGUGGAAUUGUUGCUCUUGCCAUGGCUAUGAACCUUCAUUCGUGUAAUAAUAUAACAGUACAAAAUAUCUUCGAAAAAGCUAAAGAACUGUUAUAUACAAUUCAAGGAGAAUUAUUCGAUGCUCGAGUAGUACCGAAUCUUUGUCAACAGUUUAAUGUCAAAGCAAUACUUCAUCGAUGGGCAAAUAUAACUGAUCUUGUUGAAUGCUUAAAAUCAAGUCAUGUUUGUCUUGUUCCAUAUGAUUCGGAUGCAAACCAUGAACCAUGUCUUAAAAAAGGUCAUCGAGCUCAUUGGCUACUUGUACAUGGUUAUUUAAAAGAAAUAGCAUCAUCGGCAUCGAAUGACUAUGAUUUAGUAUUAGUUCAACAUGGAAAAAGUAAAUUUCUUGGUGCAUUUUCACUCAUGGAUCUGUUUCAAAGUAACGCGCAAUUGAUUGAAGCUGAUCCGAAACGUCGAAAUGAAUCAGAUUACUGUGUACCACAAGAUGGAUCUCUUCAUGAUACUUUGUGCAAUUUAUUUAUUGCAAUAUGA